AUGUUAAAAAUAAGGGACAAUUCAAAUGAGUUGAGUGAUAGUUUAGAACAAGAUAAAAAAGAAGACCAAAAUAAUAAUUAUAGCAAUAAUGAUACUAUAGAAGAUAAUGACCAAGAUAAUAGCGAAAUAAAUAAUAGUAUAGAUAAUUAUAAUAUAGAGAACAGUAAUAUAGAAAAUGAAACAUUGGUAUCAGAAAGUGAUAAUAUAAUACAAAACAUCCAAUUAGAUAGCGAAAAGGAUAUUAAAGAAAAAAAUAAUGAAAGCGAUAACCAAAAUUUAACAACCGAAGAGGUAAAUAAAGACACCAGUAAUGAAAGCGAUGAUAAUAAUAGUAAUAAUAACAAUAAUGGUAAUACGAAUACGAAUGAUAAUAAUGGUAAUCAAUUAAACAAAAUUCAAGAACAAGAGCAAAACGAAGAUUCUAAAAAUGAUUCAUUACCAAACAAAAGAAGUUUAGAGCAACAAGAGGAUUUUGAAGAAUCAAUAUCAAAAAAACAAAAGAAUUUAGUUCAUACACCAUCAAAAGUUGUACAUUUACGAAAUUUACCACCGGAUUGCACAGAGCAAGAGAUUAUUAGCCUCAUCGAACCAUUUGGUGCAAUCGAAAAUAUGAUUAUAAUAAAAGGUAAAAGCCAAGCAUUAGUACAAAUGGUCGAAAUUUCAUCUGCAAUAUCAUUUAUACAAUACUAUACAACUGUUCAAGGCUCAAUAAGGUCUAAAACUAUAUAUACUCAAUUUUCAAAUAGAAAAGAAAUCUCACCAGCAAAAGAAACACCAAAUUGUAUAUUAUUAAUCACAAUCAAUAAUUAUUUAUAUAAUGUUACCAUAGAAGAGUUAUAUAAGGUAUUUUCUAAUUUUGGUACAGUUAAUAAAGUUUUAUUAUUUACAAAAUCAGGAAAUUAUCAAAGUUUAAUCGAAAUGAAAACUCCAGAAGAAGCUGUCAAAGCUAAAAAUAAUUUAGAUGGCAUGAACAUUAAUAAUACUUGUAGUUUAAAAAUUCAAUUCUCUUCUUUAACCAGUUUAAAAAUCAAAUAUAAUAAUGAGAAAUCUAGAGAUUUUACAGUUAUCGAUCAUAAUUAUCAACUUCAAAUUCAGCAACAACAACAACAUCAGCAACAAUACCAACAAGCAGCAGGUUACACUCUUGAUCCACUCCAACAACAGCAACAACACCAACCACAACCACAAUCGCAACAAAAUACAUUAACACCACCAGGAUUACUUAAUCCACCAAUUCCAGGAUCAUCACCACCAAUGUUAAUUCCUACUUCACCCACUGUACAAGCUCAAAUUUCACCAUAUAUUGUACCAUUGGAUGUACCAUACAAUCAAAAUCAAUCAUAUUAUUCAAAUAAUACAAAUAAUAAUGGUUAUUACAAUUAUAAUGGAACAAAUAAUCAUGAUUUACAGCUACAGCAACCACAAAUGCAAAGUUUAAACCUACAGCAGCAACAAAAUAUGGCUAUUAAUAUUCAGCAACAACAACAACAACAACAACAACAACAAUACCAACCACUAUUACAAAUACCUGCAAACACUGCUCAUCAUCAAUACCUAAUUCAGCCACAAAACUCACAAAAUUCACAAAAUUCACAACUCCAACAAAGAUUACAACCAUCACAAAACUCAAAUGUAUUAAUUGUUGCUGGUUUACCUAUGGAUAAUGUUUCUCCUGAUGAUUUAUUUACACUCUUUGGAAUUUAUGGAGAUCCUAUUAGAGUCAAAAUUUUAUUCAAUAGAAAGGAUACUGCUUUAAUACAAAUGAACACGUCCCAACAAGCUGAAUUAGUUUUACAAUAUUUGCACUCUUUUCCAUUCAAAGGGCAUAACAUUAGAGUUAAUAUAUCAAAGCAUAAAGUUGUUCAACUUCCAAGACCUGGUGAGGAUAAUGGGGAAUUAACAAAAGACUAUACAGGUUCACCAAUGCAUAGGUUUAAAUUACCAGGAUCAAAGAACUACCUUAAUAUUCAUCCACCUUCAAACUUUCUUCAUCUUUCAAAUUUACCGGAUUCCAACAACAAUUUAGAUUUAGAAAAUAGGAUAAGACAAUUAUUUUCAGUUCAUGGCGAAGUUAAAUCAUUUAAAUUUUUCCAAAACGAUAUGAAAAUGGCUCUUCUUGAAAUGGCAUCACUUGAGCAGGCUAUUAAUAGUUUAGUUUCACUACACGGUUACACAUUAAUGGGUGAUACAGCAAUCAAGGUUUCUUUUGCAAAACCUACCACAAGAAAAACUCCAUUUUUCUCAUAA